UGCCUCCAUGAUUACCCAAGAAUAAUUCCCUUACCAGGAUAUUGGUAUUUAUCUACUGAUUAGGCUAUGGUUUGUGGAUAACAGUACAGGUAACUCUCGAUUUACGCGAGUUUCAUUUACGUGUUUUUAAAAUAACACGGGGUCCAAAAUCCAAAUAAAUGUUUAAUAUACACGUUUUUUUCACUUAUACGUGAUAUUUUAUGAAGUGGCCACCAGAUGUCUCAUGCAACUGGACUAACACGGCGCCGUGGCCACACAGCUGAGCUCAGUUCUUCCCGCGCGCCACUUGAACAACCAUACAGUACCCACGCUGCCACACUACUCAACAACAACAACACCCUCGCUGCUGUGCUACCACGAGGGGAAAGGCAGCCAGAGAAGGAACCACGAGAGGGAGAGGAGUCGAGUGAUACAGUAGGCAGUAAAGUUAGGAUGUCAACUGAAAUCACUGCAGUUACAACAAAUAAUAUGGUUGGCUGCCAAGACACACCCAUAAGCAGCAUAGUCUCCUGCAGCGAAGCAAACGAUGAAACUUCAGAAGCAAAUGAUAUUGUUGGCCAGCAACCUCCCCUUUCCCCUCUCUUUGCUACCCCACCCACCUUGAAUACUUUCUUCUGUCCAAAUAGUCAGACGCUGAUCUAUUUUUAUCCUGUUUUCCCAAAUUUUAUAAUGAACCCAAAGAAUGAGGAGGAGGAGGAGGAGGAAGAAGAGGAGGAGAAGGAGGCAGUAACAUUAGGUUAUUUUGGUUCCGAUGGCUGUUGGUACCCUUUACCUCUUCCACCCUCCCCUCUUCCUCCUCUCUCUCUUCUUGCUUCUGCCUCUCCUCCUUCUGCUCCUGCCCUUCCUGCUUCUCCUCCUCCUCCUCCUCCUCCUCUUCCUCCUCCUCCUCCUCCUUAUCCCCUUCCCCCUCCACAUCAUCCCUCUCAACCUCCCCCUAUUCACCUUCCUUCUCUUUUCUUGACACCACCACCUCCUCUUUCUCCUUUUCCAUCCCUUACUCUUUCUUCCCUACUGUCUCCUGCUACUUCUCAAAUGUUUUUCUCCCCUAUCAAAUGUGUUCCUUCUCCUUCCCUUUCUCUUCCUCCACAUUCUUUUUCUACUAUCCCCACCACCACCACUACAAUCCACAGUAAUAGUACAUUGAACACCCAAAUUACAGCUAUUACUCCAGAUAGGUCUACUCUUCCUAAAACAUAUUGCCAUAUUCUACCUACUAGUGCUGUAACCACAUCUAUAACCACUCCUAUCACUACCUCUUUAAUGACUGACACAAUUGGCAUUCCAAGUAGAUUGUCAACUAUGGUGCCAUACUAUAACUACUUUCACCAUUUAGACUUGCCCAUGAGUGUAUUAGGAAGGCCAAGGCUGCUUCAUACAAUUCCACGGCCAGGCCAGACCACAGUGCAAGAGGUGUGGUUGCAGCACAUGAAAAUUCUCUUCAGAAAUUUUCCUGACAUCUGGCGGCUUGAUCCAGCACCACCCUCAUCCGUGACCUUUGACCGUACCCAUGAUGUGACCUGCAGUGUGACAUCUGGCACUGAUAUGACCUGUGAGAUGACCUCUGCCAGUUAUCAUGGCACCUCAGAUGUUGAUGUGACUCCUGGUAAGAUGACCUCUGAUAGCUAUGACCACCUUCACUGUGACAACUGUUACCAUUGCUCCAACCCUGACCAGAGCUGCAGCCAUCAUUCUGACCAUGGCUAUCAGUAUCAAGAAGAGGGACAUGACUAUUGCACACACAGUCCCAAGGAUUCCAGCCAAAAUAGCAGCCAUCCUAGGCAUGCAUUUGGCUCAAGUGAGAGCCAGAACUGCCACUCCAGCAACAGCUACCAAUAUGUGAAUAGUGGUAGUGAGUGGUUCACUUUUCGAGAUUUGGCAAAAGUCCGGUUUUAUUGUGCAAGGUGUGGUGAUGGAUGGACAAGCAUGUAUGGUGUUGUAAUCUUCCACUUCCGACUGUUACCACCACCACCACCACCACCACCAUCCCAAUCGUCACAGCUGCAAACGUUCGAGAGGGGUCGGGUCAUGUACAGACUACCCGGCCAACGAUGUGGUGGCUGUGGUGUUAUUGGUGGUUUUAGGGCUCCAUUAUGGUACCCUGAGGAAGCACAGAAGGUCAUUACCAACUUAUACUACAAGAUUGGAUCACUGAUGUACAACUUGGUGACUCCACACCAGAUACGGACACGAAGACUUGGCCGACCGUGUGCCCAUCACAACCGAAGACUAUGUGAGGGAUGCGUGAAUGGUGUAUGCAAGACUGAACGCGCUUGAAAAUGAGUAUGUGUCUGUGUGUGUGUGUGUGUGUGUGUGUGUGUGUGUGUGUGUGCUUUAUUCAUUAUUGCACUUUUAUAAAGUUACAGGAGUCAUAUUCACAGUGUUGUGUUAUAGAGCAUUUUAUUAUACAUAUUUAAAUGUUUUGCAUUCUUUGUGUUCCAUGGUUUGUUUAGUACACUUUGCUGCUGAGGUCUUAUGAUCCAUAAUCAGAGUGUUCCCAAGUUUCAAUAUGUAGUUUCCUUUUGAUGUGAGAUUCAUUAUGUAGGUACUCAUUAUUUCCUCAUUACGUAUUUGUUUGCUGAAGAAAUAUCACCGUUUUCCAUCUCUAUGGUAAUAUUAGUUUUUCCUUUUACGCUUCAUAAAUUUAACUUCUUAGUUUCAAAGCCUAAUUUUUGGUGAUCCGCUGAGCAUGUCAGCUUUUUUAUGCUUUAAUCAAGUUUUCCUGUCAUCUGAAUAUUCAUAGAAUUAGCAUUUUAAAUUCUUUAAUUAUCUUUUCUGCUAUUUUUUAUAUUUAUACAAGGAAACAUGAUUUAUACAUGUAAAAAAGACCUAGUGCUAACAUAAUAAUCUGGAACUUCUCUGGUUGUCUGUUCCCUUCAAGAUCCAUUCUCUAUUAUCAGUUUUAAUCUUUUUCAUGCAAUUUUAGUUAUAUGCUUUCCAACAGUGUCUUAUACUUGAAUACUGCAUUCUUCAGUUUUCACUAUGUGUGUGUGUGUGUGUGUGUGUGUGAGAGUGAGUGAGUGAGUGCACAUGUGCAUGCAUGGGCAUGUAUAUUCUGCAUGCAUGUAGAAGAAACAAAAGUACAAAUGUAGUACAAAUGUUCUAACA